ACUUGGCUUUUCUAAUAGUAUGCACUCCUAAUGAAUAAAAUAUACAUAAGUACGUACUAAUAUAAUAAUAAAAAAACAAAUACUCCACCUAUGUACAAUGAACCUUGCCAACUAAGGAAUGAGGCCAAAAGUACCCAACUCAUCCUUCGCUGAAACUGAAGAAACGUACAACCUGUGAUAUACACGCACAUGUGGUGUUGUUAAACAAGGAAACAACGUUUAAUCCGAUAAGAAUGACCGAUGCGUAUUAUACGCUCUUCAAAGCCAAUCUCCUAAAACCACAUUGGCAAAAAAAAAAGCGGAGCAUAGACAUCUGGAAACAAUUAUAUAUACUCCUAAGCCUAAGGUCGAAGAAACCUACGUUUACUUCAUUACUUCCACAGCCGCCAUCUGGUUCUUCUCUCUCGAAACCUUUAUCGAUCAAAAGUUUGGAAAAUCCGAAUAUAUGCAUCCACAUGGAGAAGGAGACUCGUACGAAACCAAUAUGCAUAAAACACAUAUAUAUACAAAAACCGACCAUAUUCUUGGUGGGCACCAAGGUUGAAGAGAAACGGACGUCUGCAGAGCCAAGGAAAGAUAUAUAUACAAGUAUAUAUUAACGUAUACAUGAGAGUCGCGAGCCCGAAACUCCACCUUGAAAUGAGCGAAAAACAACUACGGAACAAGAAAAGAAAAAGAACAAGAGACGGGGAGAGAGAAGAGAAACAGAGCGAGAGAGAAAGAAAGAAAGGAAAGAUAAAGGGGAAGAGAACGAGGCCGCCGGACUGGUCCUACGCUGGAGAAAACGAACGCCGCGCCGGAAGGGAAAAGCUUGUACGUUGGGGAAGGAAGGACGAUGUCGUGUCUUCGCUGGAGUAGAUGAAACUCGGCUCGCUGUCCAUAGAGUUCCAGUGCUCAUAGGAGUUUCCAUGUGUUGUCCUGCUGCGUCGUCCGCACCUAGACGAAGAAGACAAGGUGAAUUUGGAGAAGGUCGAGUUAAACGCUUCAAAUAGGAUUUAUUGCGAAUCGAGGUAAGUUUCUCUGACAAUCCAAAAUUGUUUCAUCGUAUUAUAUGCUUAUUAUGCAUUCUGUGAUUAAGUGUGAAUUGUGAAUUUUAUGUAUGUGAUUUUGAGAAGAUAUUAUAUAUAUGGUAGUUGAGAAAUAUAAAUUAAGUACUUUUGGGGUAUUAAAUAUUUUGAAAUACCUUUGAGACUUUUUAGAGAAAUUGAGAAGUAUUUUUGAAGUAUUAUUUAAUUGAAGAUAAAAUUUACAUUUUUAUAAGAAGUAAGCAUCUCGGGAGUAAUCCGAGGUGUCGGUUUUCCACAUCCGGAUAAAUGUGGAGGGUGAUUAGAGCGGCUACUACUAAGAAGUACAGUUUGAGUAACUUUCGGAUCGAUGAUCCCUUUUAAGAAGGAGAGUUGUGGUAGUACUGUAGUAGUAGUUCCGACGUAAAAGGGCUACUACUGCUAAGGGUGAUGAUAAAUUUUGAGUGAUAAUUGGAUCGAUGAUCCCUUUUAAGAAGCAGAGAUAUAGUAGUAGUCCCUAAUCAUUCAAGAAUUUUAAAGGUGGGGUGGUUGGGUUCCGACCACUCGGGAUGACUUACUAUUCGGAGGGCUUGGAAUCCCUUUUAAGGGGUGUGCACACUAAGGUAGUCGUUUCGUUUCCGCAAAGCAGUUGUGGCACCGGCACUUGUUCGGGGUGGCCGUCCGUAACCACGGUCCACCGGGCUCAGUCAAAAGGUUGAACACCGCCCUUCUAAAUUACUAGGAAGAUAGAGAAGCAGUGAAUUUUGAGAAAUUUUAAGAGAAGAGUUACCAUAAUAUUUUCGAAGAAAAGUUGAGGAUUUUAGUAAAGAAGCGAUUUUAAGAAAAGUCAAAGAGAUGAAAAUUUUGGUUGAGUGUGUUAUUUUCAUAUAGUAUUAUAUAAAAAUUAUUUUUGCCAAACCUGAUUAUUUUACUGGAUUGGGUAGUACUUACUUAGCUCUAAAGCUAAUUUUUGUUAUUUUUCUUGUUCCUCUCUCCUCCCUUAAUCUUUAACAGGUGAUGAGUUGGAAGCUUAUGUUGACUGAAUGGUUGCUUGAACCUGAGAGCGAUUUAGAAGAUGCCUUAGUCAAACCUAGUCAAGAAAUAAACGUUUAUUUAUUAUGACAUUAGUUUUAUUGUUUUGUUUUGGUUUGCCUGUGCAUUCGAUUAAGAGAUAACCGGAUGUGGCGGUAACACCCGUUUCCCUAUUUAAAUUAUUUCCGCUACAAGAUUUUUAUCAAUUGCGAAUGAAUAAAGCAAGUUUAUUAUCAAUAAAUUAUUAUUUCAAGUAUUAUUUUUGGGCGGGAAAUUGGGGGUGUUACAAGGAGCUUAACUAAAGAGUUUCUAGAGUUUGUCGGAGUUCGCCGGAGUUUCGCCGGAGUUUCGCCGGAGUUCAGCCGAGGAGCGUAGAACGCGCUAAAGCUCAUUUAAUGUGAGUGGACGGCUUAAUAUCUUAUAACUUUUGGGUUAAUUAUGAGAUUACCUAAAUAAAUGUUAUAUGUAUUCAUAAUGAUGUUUAAAAGAUAUUUAAACAUGUGAUUAGCCAAAAUGAUUAGACAUGUAUGAAAUGAAGUACGUGAAUAUGCAUGGAAUAUGAUAUGAGAAUUUCUAUGAAAUUGCAUACUAUGUUUGAAAGGUAAAGGAAGUAUAGAAUGAAUAUUGUUAACUUAAUAUAUAUGAUGAUUAAGUUGAUAUGUAUAAGGCUUGAAGUGACGGUUAACGAAAACGUUGACCGAUUGAUGAUGGAUUAAUUAAUACCGGUUGAUAUUAGUUAAUUAUAAAUUGAUAUAAAUGCAUGGCUUGCAUGAAUUGAAAUACAUAAGCCUUAUGAAGUUAUUUAGCUAUGAAUAUGAUAUAGACUCUAUCUAGAUUGAUAGGAGGUUGAUCAUCAAAUAUAAACUUGUUGGAGGACCCUAGGACUAAAAGUCCUUAACACUCAAUAAUAAACUUGGUGGAAGACCCUAGGACUAAAAGUCCUUAACACUCAAACAUAAACUUGGUGGAGGACCCUAGGACUAAAAGUCCUUAACACUCAAAUAUAAACUUGGUGGAGGACCCUAGGACUAAAAGCCUUUAACACUCAAAUAUAAACUUGGUGGAGGACCUUAGGACUAAAAGUUCUUAACACUCACAUUAUAAACUUGGUGGAGGACCCUAGAACUAAAAGUCCUUAACACUCAAAUGUAAACUUGGUGGAGGAACCUAGGACUAAAAGUCCUUAACACUCAAAUAUAAACUUGGUGGAGGACCCUAGGACUAAAAGUCCUUAACACUCACAUUAUAAACUUGGUGGAGGACCCUAGGACUAAAAGUCCUUAACACUCAAAUAUAAACUUGGUGGAGGACCCUAGGACUAAAAGUCCUUAACACUCAAAUAUAAACUUGGUGGAGGACCCUAGGACUAAAAGUCCUUAACACUCAUAUUAUAAACUUGGUGGAGGACCCUAGGACUAAAAGUCCUUAACACUCAAAUAUAAACUGGUGGAGUACCCAAGGAUUAUAUUAUCCUCAAAAAUCAUAGAUUAUGAAAUUGAAAUAAAGAUAAGGAUGAGUCCUAUACACUCAUAAGUAUAUGGGUGGGCUGGGGUUUUUAGUCAAGAAUAUUGGCUAUUACUAUUUUCCCCAAAUAAAACAGUGAUCUACGGAUCGGGUAUUUUCCAAGUGUAUAUAUACUAUUAAGUAUUUCUUAACUUGGGGGAAAGGACUAUUUAUAUAAGUAUCACCCUAUGGUUGAGUCUUAUACUUGAAACGCUAGUUAUUCUAUAUUUAGCCUGCUACUCGCUCGAUACUUGUACUAACCCCUUCGGGGGCCCCCACCAUUUUCAGGUUGAAGCUAGGGCUUACUACCUGCACCUUUUUACGGGUGACAUCAAAUUCAAGGGAGACGUGGUUCGUGCUUCCUCAUGUUCUUUCAAAUUACUAAACAUUGCUCAUGGAUAUUUUUAUUUGUUUUAAACUACUUUUGGGCUUGCAUGCCCAUGUUAUUGGCCGAAUGUGGCCUGUGAAUCACCGCUGAAUAUUUCCGCUAUUCAAUAGUUUAAUUGUGAUGUUGUUAUGUAUGUUUACUACUGAGUAUGGAUGGAUUGUUUUCUCGAACACCUCGUAUAAUUAAGUGAGCUUGACCUGCGGGUGACGUCACUCGAUUAUACGACGGUUGUACACGCGCUUAGAUUGCGGUCCGGGGCGUGACAAUUAAGUGGUAUCAGAGCUAUCUCAGUUCUAAACUAUGUAAUCAACCUCUCACAAGAGAUGUUUCAAAGGAGUUUUACCGAAAACCAUGAGCAUUGUAUUUUGACGUUUAUAGGACUAUUGUUACCU